AUGGAUCCUACAGAAAUGAGAUACUUGGAAGAGGAAAAUGGAGCGAUGAUGAAGACAUUCAAAGAUGCUGUGACUGGUUUUGCAACUGGAAAGACGUCCCUCGUGUUCAUUGGUGUUGAACAGUUGGUGCAGAACUUUAGAGCUAAGAGAGAUUUCUUCAAUGGAGCACACAUUACAAUGACUAAAGUAGCAAGAACUCAUUAUUAG